AUGGAUGUUGAUAAGAUGUAUAACCAAGUGUUGUUAUUACUAACGAUAUUAUCAACACUAUUCUUAUUCGGAAGCUGCUCUAUAUAUCACAAUCUUAAAUAUUUUGAAACAAUACAUGCCUCGAAAUUGGCACAUCAUGUAGUGAAGCGAGGUGCAAAGUUAUCCAGCCACCCUUUCAAUACUAUAAAAGAGGUUCAUUUCAAGACACUUGGAAAGGAUUUCAGAUUGAUCCUCCACCCUCACAGUUCCGUUCUACAUUCUAAUUUUAAAGCUUACACUGUAGAUGGAGAUGGCAAGGAAACAACUGUUCAUGUUGACAGGGAAAACUUCUACACAGGCAGGGUAUUUGGUGAGAAGUCCUCAGAUGUGAAAUUGCACAUGGAAGAUGGUAUGAUAACUGGAAUUAUCCACACUCCAGAUGAAACAUACCAUAUUGAGCCCUCAUGGCGCCAUCUACCUCAUUUAGAUGACAAGACAAUGAUCACCUAUAAGUCCUCAGACAUACAUUUUAGUUGGAAAGGUUCUGAUGAAGCAAAGGGAUCAAAACCCAGAGUCUGUGGCUAUGUCAAAGAGGGGAAAGAAUUGGAAGAAGAUGAUGAUGAAGAAGACAUAGAAAUUGUAGCUGAUGUGGAAUCGGAACAUGAGCAAUCAGAGAAGGACAAAUAUCUGGAAGAGAAUGCACAUUACCCUAAUACUACAGACCCCACACAAAGUAAUAAGAAACGCGUCAAACGACAGAGCGAUUAUGAAUACACGCCGACAAAAACUAGGUGCCCAUUGCUACUCGUUGCAGAUUACAGGUUCUUUCAAGAAAUGGGUGCUAGUAAUACUAAAACUACUAUUAGUUAUCUGAUUAGCCUUAUAGAUCGGGUACACAAAAUAUAUAAUGACACCCUCUGGCAAGACCGACAGGAUAUGGACGGUUUUAAAGGCAUGGGUUUUGUAAUAAAGAAGAUACUGGUCCAUUCUGAACCGACUCGUGUGCGUGGUGGAGAAGCACAUUACAACAUGGUGCGCGAGAAAUGGGAUGUUCGUAAUCUACUUGAGGUGUUCAGCCGCGAAUAUUCCCACAAAGACUUCUGUCUGGCCCAUCUGUUCACUGAUCUUAAGUUCGAAGGUGGUAUCCUCGGUUUAGCGUAUGUAGGGUCCCCGCGACGGAACUCAGUCGGCGGUAUUUGUACUCCAGAAUACUUCAAGAACGGCUACACUCUGUACUUGAACUCCGGUUUGAGUUCGUCUCGCAAUCAUUAUGGACAGCGUGUGAUAACUCGCGAGGCCGACCUUGUCACUGCGCAUGAGUUCGGCCACAAUUGGGGGUCGGAACAUGACCCCGAUGUGGCGGAGUGCUCCCCCGCCGCCAGCCAAGGGGGGUCGUACCUUAUGUACACAUACAGUGUCAGUGGAUAUGAUGUUAAUAAUAAGCGAUUUUCUCCAUGUAGUCUUCGAUCUAUCCGAAAAGUUCUUCAGGCCAAGUCUGGUCGCUGCUUCUCUGAGCCGGAAGAGAGCUUCUGUGGAAACUUGCGCGUUGAGGGCGGGGAGGAGUGCGACGCUGGUUUACUAGGGACGGAAGACAAUGAUAUGUGUUGCGACAAAAACUGUAAACUAAGGAAAAACCAAGGAGCUGUGUGCAGUGACAAGAAUUCUCCAUGUUGCGCGGGUUGUGUGUUCGCUCCGCCUGGCGUGGUGUGUCGCGAGGCGGCACACUCCGCCUGCGAGGGAGAAGCUACGUGCAAUGGAGCCUCUGCCGAUUGUCCUAAGGCGCCGGCUAUAGCGGAUGAACACGAGUGUGCGGAGCGCGGGCGGUGCCGCAACGGGACGUGCGUGCCGUACUGCGAGACUCAGGGCAUGCACAGCUGUAUGUGCGACAUUGUUGCGGAUGCAUGCAAACGUUGUUGCCGUAAGAGCCUGAAUAAGACUUGCUUCCCAGUGGCACAUAAUGAUAUCUUACCUGAUGGGACGCCGUGCAUUCAAGGAUUCUGUAAUAAGGGUGUUUGUGAAAAAACAAUCCAAGAUGUGGUGGAGCGUUUCUGGGAUAUAAUUGAAGAUAUUAACAUCAAUAACGUGUUGGGUUUCCUGCGGGACAAUAUUGUCGGAGUUGUGGUUCUAGUCACCGCCUUUAUUUGGAUACCUGCUAGUUGUGUUAUAAGUUACGUGGAUCGGCGUCGACAGCGACAACAUCAGAAGUUCUUGGACUGGGAACGACAACAUGACCUCAUUCACCCGUCAUCGCCGCGGAAAAUUAUACAUACACGAUUGCCUAAACAAAAGCCUCCUGGCAUGAAAGCAGCAAUACAAGGCACAAGUCAACUGUAA